GAUGAGGACUACCAGCUGGCGUGCAGGCUCAUGGCUGAGGAGUAUGCGGAGCACAUGAAGGGGGACAGCAGGGUGGGCGGCGGUCGCAGCCGGGGUGGUGGUGCCAGUGGCGGCGGAGGUCGCGACGGCGCCUACCUGCAGGUGCUGGAGGCGGAGAUUGCGGACGACUACCCCGCCCCCCGGGAGUACAAGGGGGUGGAGGGGCAGGAGGAGUGGGACGAGCUCAUUCUGGAGGACCCCGAGACGCUGGGUUGCGGCUUCCACGAUGCGGACGACCGGGGGGCUACACGCACCCUGGACCACUUUGCAAUCUAUAACGCAGAGGGUUUCCUGACCUCCCUGGAGCUGGUCCCCAUGGUGGCGGGGCUGGAGCUGGAGGUCAACAUAUUCGCAAGCGGGGUGCUGGCGGAGGACAACGGGGAG